AUGAGUGACGAAAUUUUAAAAUCAACUAUCAAAGCAAUUCAUGAAUAUAUCCACGAUACAACCCAUUUCACUGCUCGAUAUUUAGCCGAUUUGGAAAUAAAAACUGAAAUUACUUCUAAUAAUUGGGCUGCUUUUCAUGUUUUUCUUAUUGUUAUUGGCUGUUUUACACCAUAUGUGAGUUUUAAAAAAUAUUUCAAAAUUUUUUAAAUAAAUAGUUUUCAGGCUCAUAUAAUUGCCAACUUUCUUCUUGUUUUCAUCCCAUUUCUUCUCAUUUUUGUUUUCCCAAAAGAAUGUCCAAAACCUGAAAAACUUCAAUCAUAUUUCAUUUCCUUUGGAAUUCUCACAAUAUUCGAUCGAUAUUUAGAAGAACUUCCACUUUAUUAUUUGAUGAAACUAGCACUUUUUGCAUUUCUUUUUAUUCCCGAUUAUGAUUUUGUUGCAAAGACAGAAGUUUCGACUGCAAAACCAACAUCAAUCAGAAAAUCAACAUCGAGAAAAACAUGUUCGGGUCGAAAAUCGGUGAAGAAAACGAUUGUUGAGGAAUAUUAUAAAGAAGAGGAAUUGUUAUCACCAAAUGGGACAGUUAUUCAUCGAAAGGUUACUGGACCAUUUCAAAGAAUUGUUAGUCAAGAAUCCAGUUCGCCAACUUCCAGUUGA